UAGAUUUCGUUUGAAAAAAAACAUGACUCGUGGUUUGAUCUUAAUCUUAUCUCUGCUUCUAAUCCCUCACUUGGCUUCAGCGAAAGUGAUGUUGAUCGGGAAGAACACAUCUCUCUCCUUCGACGACAUCGAAGCCAAUUUCACUCCGUUGAUCAAGAAAUCAGAUCAGUGUGGGGUACUGUACGUAGCAGAGCCGCUCGAUGCUUGUUCAAGUUUGGUUAACACAGUGACUGUAGAAGAAGAAGGAUCAACCACUUCUCCUUCGUACGUCUUGAUCAUCCGCGGCGGCUGUAGUUUCGAGGAAAAGAUCAGAAACGCGCAGAAGGCUGGUUACAAAGCAGCUAUUGUCUACGACAAUGAGGAUUAUGGUUUCUUGAUAUCAAUGGCGGGGAACCCAUCUGGUGUGGUUAUAUACGGGACCUUUGUGUCGAAAGCGGCUGGAGAAAUACUCAAAGGGUAUGCGGGUCGUGCCGAUAUGGAGCUGUGGCUCGUACCAAGCUUCGAGACUUCGGCUUGGUCUAUCAUGGCUAUCUCGUUUAUAUCUCUUCUUGCUAUGUCUGCUGUACUUGCCACUUGCUUCUUUGUCCGUAGGCAUCGGAUUAGAAGGCGGCGUGUUAGGUCUCUUGGUGGUGGAGAGUUUCAUCGUAUGGGGGUUGACACGAUUAGAAGGUUGCCUGCUACGAUCUUUAACGGUGUUUGUGAAGAAGCUUCUACCUCUAUCUCUUGUGCUAUAUGUAUUGAAGACUACCGUAUUGGUGACAAGCUUAGGAUCUUACCUUGUAAUCACAAGUUUCAUGUUGGAUGUGUUGAUUUGUGGCUUGGCCAAAGGAGAUCCUUUUGUCCGGUUUGUAAACGGGAUGCAAGAACCAUCAACAUUGAUAUGCCUGCAUCACCAUCUGAACGCACACCUUUGCUGACUCCGACGUCGUCUUUUCUGUUAUCGUCGUCACCUUCCACAAGCUUCUCUCAGUCAUCUUAUGACAUUCCUUCAUCUUCCACAGCAAUGCAGCCGCAUACAGGCCCUAUGUAUCUCCCCCACUCUCGCUCCCAUACAAGCUUCCAAAGCGGGUCAUAUAGGGGUUCACUACCUAUACCGGUUAGCCGGAGCUCAGUAGAUCUCAGGAAUGCUGUUUCCCGAGGAUCUUACAACUCACCUCGCUCUGUCCACUCAAGAUAUACGCACGUACUUAGCCCGGGGAAUGCAUCAACGAGCUGGGUUGUUGGGUCGUCGUCAAGCCAGCGCGAGCAUUCACUUAAUAUUAAUGACUCGCGCAGGUCUCUCUCUCACUUUGCCUCUGCUAGUUCUUUACCAGGCUGCUAAACCGGUAAAAGGUAACUACGGACUAACUCAAAGGUUCAGUGUCAGGGGCUCAUUGUCUUGAAGACGCAAAUAACUACCCGCUCGAGGAGGAUGUCCUUUGGCUAUGUUCUUAAACUAAUGUCUGACCCAUAUGGUUGCUUUUAGCAAACGAUAGAGGUGAAAAGAGUGUUCAGUGUGACUAUGAGUGAUAUUUUUCAGCUGUACAGUUGUGGAUUGUGAGAUGAGUGAGUUUGAAGAGUAAAGCGUCUUUUGGUGAAUCAUUAAGGUAACCAUUGAGUCUGGAUAUAACUUAUACGUAGCUUAUUAGUUAUUACUCUGAUUCCUUCUGUAUGUAUAUACUUGCUCCUUCAAAUUUAGUAUAUACUCGACUAGGCUAA